CCUCCUAGACCAGCCUCUGCACCAUCCCAUCCAGACAUGUCCAGCCUGCGGGGGCUGUGCUCUGGCCUGCCCUUGCGGCCCCUGCCAGAAAACCGUGGACGCUGGGUCGGAGUGCCCCAUGCCCCAGUCAGGACCCCUGGCUUCAGCCCUGAAGAGGAAGAGUUGGCACUGAAGAAUGCCCUCCGUUACUUCCCCCCGGAUGUCCAGGAGGUGCUGGCACCUGAGUUCGCCCAGGAGCUGCGUCUGUAUGGGCACAUCUACAUGUACCGGUUCUGCCCCAGCAUUGAGAUGAGGGCCUACCCCAUUGAGCAGUACCCUUGCCGGACCCAGGCAGCCGCAGCCAUCAUGCACAUGAUCAUGAACAACCUGGACCCAGCUGUGGCCCAGUUUCCCCAGGAGCUGGUGACCUAUGGAGGAAAUGGGCAGGUACUCAACAACUGGGCUCAGUUCUGGCUGCUCAUGUCCUACUUGUCGAAGAUGACAGAGGAACAGACUUUGGUCAUGUACAGUGGACAUCCGCUGGGCCUCUUCCCCAGUAGCCCUGAUGCCCCACGGCUGGUCAUCUCCAAUGGAAUGGUCAUUCCCAACUACUCCUCCAGGGCCAUGUAUGAGAAGCUCUUCGCCUUGGGGGUCACACUGUAUGGCCAGAUGACAGCAGGCAGCUACUGCUACAUUGGUCCCCAAGGAAUUGUCCACGGCACAGUGCUCACCCUGUUGAACGCCGGGCGCCGCUACCUGGGCCUCGAGGACUUGACUGGGAAGGUCUUUGUCACCUCUGGACUCGGCGGGAUGAGUGGAGCCCAGGCAAAGGCUGCGGUCAUUGUGGGGUGCAUUGGGCUGAUCGCAGAGGUGGAUAAAGCAGCCCUUAUGAAGCGCCACAAGCAAGGCUGGCUAAUGGAGGUGACUGACAGCUUGGACCACUGCAUCCAGAGACUCAGGGAAGCAAGGAGCAAGAAGGAAGUGCUCAGCCUUGGCUACCAUGGUAACGUGGUGGCUCUUUGGGAGCGCCUGGUGCACGAGCUGAACACAACGGGGGAGCUCCUGGUGGAUCUCGGGUCAGACCAGACCUCCUGUCACAACCCCUUCAACGGAGGCUACUACCCGGUGCAGCUCGGCUUCUCGGAGGCCCAGAGCCUCAUGGCCUCCAACCCUGUGGCAUUCAAGGGCCUCGUGCAAGAGAGCCUGAGGAGACAGGUCUCCGCCAUCAACAGGUUGGCCCAGGAGAACUUCUUCUUUUGGGACUAUGGCAACGCCUUCCUCCUGGAGGCCCAGCGAGCAGGAGCUGACGUGGGCAAGAAAGGGGCUGAUAAGACAGAGUUCCGCUACCCAUCGUAUGUCCAGCAUAUUAUGGGGGACAUCUUCUCCCAGGGGUUUGGGCCUUUCCGCUGGGUAUGCACAUCAGGGGAUCCUCAGGACCUGGCUGUCACAGACCAGCUGGCUACCUCUGUGCUAGAGAAGGCCAUUGCUGGUGGAGUGAGCUCCUCCGUGAGGCUGCAGUAUAUGGACAACAUCCGCUGGAUCAAAGAGGCUGCCAAGCACCAACUGGUGGUGGGCUCCCAGGCCAGGAUCCUGUACUCUGACCAGAAGGGCCGUGUGGCCAUCGCGGUGGCCAUAAACAAUGCCAUCGCCCAUGGGAAGAUCAAGGCUCCAGUGGUCCUGAGCAGGGACCACCAUGAUGUGAGCGGCACAGACAGCCCUUUUAGGGAGACCUCCAACAUUUAUGACGGCUCUGCCUUCUGCGCAGACAUGGCUGUGCAGAACUUCGUGGGAGAUGCCUUUCGAGGAGCCACCUGGGUAGCGCUUCAUAACGGAGGCGGCGUGGGCUGGGGUGAAGUGAUCAAUGGGGGGUUUGGCCUUGUGCUCAAUGGAACUGAAGAGGCCGAGCGGAAAGCCAAGGCGAUGCUCGGCUGGGAUGUCUCCAAUGGGGUGAGUCAUCCCAUGUCUACCUGAAGCUCUGCCUCCUGAGAUUGCAAGCCCAAGACAGACACCUGCCGCCUUCCCCGCAUGAGAACCUCCCCCUUACCAUUAAUGACGCCUCUCCUCUCUGGCGCACCCUCUUUUGGUCUCCCUGCCUCUGGCCUGAUGGCUCAGCCAAUCCUCUGGCCACACCAGCUGGCCUUUGGCCUUUUCAAACUUCCCACCCAUUGCUGUACUGAGGACUCCCUCUUCACCCUCUCUAACGGCCCCUUUACAUUAGGGUCAGAAGAAUGCUGACUCUUCAGCGGGAAUGGCCCUUGGUGGGCACCCAUAGUUCACCUUCGCCAGCCAGGGGAAAGUUCCUUACUUUUCAUGCCCACAUCCCAAGUGGGAGGGCAGGUGGCAUAAGCUAGCAAAAUGAAGAGGCGGGGGCCUUAGGGAAUUUCCUCCCCCCAAACAAACAAACAAAACACAAGGCUCCCGAGCUAAGAGCGAGCUUGGUGUGUGGGGAUGAAAGGGCCUGCCAGGCUGCGGCCUAGAGAGGAGGGAAAGCAGCAAGAGAUGUUUAAGAGACUGACCCCAAGCCGACUUCACAGGGCUGCACCUGGUGAGGUCACCUUUACCCCAAGAGCAGUAGGCGGGGCUUCCCAAGAACUCGGAGAGCCGCAGUCAGGUUUUCCCUUAGACUCUAAGGUGGGAAGAUUGGAU